AUGGUGUUGUACAAAAGGAAACAGGUCCAUUUCGUUCGGCCCCCGCCUGUGCCGCUGGAUUUGGACACCCAGAUAUAUGUCAUUCCGCAGACUAAGGAAUGGUUCUUGGAGUAUGAUGAUUAUGUCAACAGACUCGAUUACUACCACCGCCGGAAGUUUGUUUGUGAGAUAACAGGCAAUUCGUGCCUUACAUUCUUCGAGGCGUAUGAUUCAGAGAACAAAGAGAUCAAAGACGUGGAGAGUAACUUCCCUGAAGCCCUCAGAGAGCAUAUCCUUAGGUUCCUACAGUUCAACAGGAUUUCCAGGUUGGACCAGCUUGUGGAUAAGGUGUACCUGGUUUUUAAGAACGAAUACUUUCCUGGCGAAGAGAUCUUUGUCAAAGUGCUUACUGGCAAGGCUGAAAACACCGAGUCCGGUGACACGCCAUCCGUGUCGUCCAGAAAGCAACGAGGAACAAUCAGAGAAAAAGUCCAAUAUGCCAAUCCAUCCGAUACCAAGUACCUUGUUUCAUUAAUGUCCGAUGGCAGCCAGAUCAUCGCUACCAAUAACCAGAUAUCUCGUGACAGAAACCACUUCACCAAGUGGUUGAUCAAGACGUUUGUCAAGCUUUCUGUUACUAGAUCCCACAAAGUCGGCGCCCCUUGGGUUGUUAAACAGAAAUACGCUAAGAAGUACCGCAUUCCUUCCGAAUACCCUGAAGAUUUGAAGCCUUUUGCAUCCACAACUCCUAGCGGCGAGAUCCUUUACGAGGAAGAGGCAAAGAAGCCCAAGUCGCCUGCGCCACAGCAAACUCCAGAGGCUUCAGCUACAAAGGUCAAGAAGCAGAAGGCGCCAAAGGCAAAGUCGUUGAAGAAGAAAGCUACCAUUAAUGCUGCCAAGGCAAUGGACAAUAUCGAGAUCAUUACCGUUGAUGAUGUCAAAGAACCAAAGCAACUCAUCAAAGAUGGCCCAAGAAGACGCUUCGCCCCUUACCACCUUCCACCGUUGGUCAGAAAAGAACUUGACGAUCAUGAACAGCUUUCACUUUCUUCCAUCCAACCAUCUAAGAAGACUAUGAUCAAUGACCUUCAACUUAAUUUCGAUAUCCAGGCACCUAGACCUGUUCCUAACACACUCCACCUUUCUGAGCACGCUAUCGAGCUUAAAGAUUCAGCCGCAAAGCAAUUGGAAGAGGAUAUCGAGGAGGAUGAGAAGGAAGUCGCCGAUCAGAUGGACACCAAGAGCAAGACGCCUCAGCAGCUCUCCGUCGAGAAGAAGAUAGAUUCCAUGAAGCAUGAACUUUCUACCUUGUCAACAGGAACACUUCGCUGUGUCCAAGAGGCGCUUGAAUGCUGGGCUUUCCUCAAUAUCUACCAUCUGGUCUUCAAUCUAGAUACAUUUACUUUCGACGAUUUUCUCUGUGCCAUGAGCUGGAACGCCCAGCAACUUGAGGAUCAGGGACGUUGCGAGCUUUUGGACGAGAUUUGGUGUGCUGUGCUCAGUGGAUUUAUUUCUAAUCAAAUACCAACUGGCAAGGAUGCCAAUAGGGAUGACUCUGAUUAUGAGAAUCUCUUCGGCCUUCAGGUUUCCCUUCCACCAAGGAUAUCCCUUCUUCAUCCUAAUGUUCAAAAAGGAGACGUCGAUGAAGGAGACGAUGAUGCAAGAGGGUCCGACAGCGAAGACGAAGGAAAGACACUUAAGAGCGAAGAUGAUGCGUCCGACAAUGAAUCAGGCUCAGAUUCACCAAAGCUGAAGGCGAAGGCAGGUAAACAGAAUGGCUCUGCGGACGGUGCGGAUGAAACAGCUGCCGAUAAUGAAUCCGAAGAGGAGAAGGAUGAAGCCGACAACGAAGAAAGUGACGAUGAGGAGGAAGAAGAUGACGAGCCUAAAGAGCACUUGGCACACCAGGUCAAAAACUACAGAGGGACGAAAUGGCACGAUAGACUUCGCAAACGUAACUUCAAGGACGGCAACUGGCAAGUUAUCCUUCUCGGCGUCUUGUCCAUGGUCGAUUAUGUUCCCGCCUACGAAGAGACAAUUCAGUCUGUUUACAGAGCCCUUGCUCCUAUCCUGGUUCUGCCGGCAAAUGCUUCCACUGUUUUGACUCAGUUCUACAGUUCAAUGAGUCUUGAUUUACGAAUCAAAGCAUUGCACAUUUUAACCUCGUUAUUGAUUAACGGUUCCCUAGUCAGAAGUUAUAUUGACGACUGUCUUGAAUCGUCCACUUCAUUGAGACGUACCAGGCUUGAUGUGAUUCGUGACUACAGGGAUGCCUUGGGCACUGCUACUAGGGCUCACACCGCUAUCUUCGAAAAGCUUUUUGAGGCAUAUGACAAAAACAUAGACUCUGAAAUGUGGUCAAACUUCAAUAGGAAGAAGCCACGGUUCCACACAAAGGGUUAUUCCUUGACGGAGUAUGAGCAGUCUUUGUUCGAUUCCGAUGAAGAGUUUAAGAAGUUCUGGAAUCAAAGAGACGAGUACAUCGAAAAGAUCAAAAUUUUCAAGGAGGAUUUGCGGAAAGUCGAAACUCGUCUCACAGAGAUUGACUGUCAAAGAGUCCGUCUUCUCGGGAAAGACAGACAUUUCAACAGGUAUUGGUGGUUCGAGAACAAUGGAUUACCAAACCUUCAUUUCUCGAGCGGUAUGGAUGAAGAAGAGGACGGCGAUCCAGCUGAGGCUGACGAUUAUGAUGUCGACGAUAAAGAAGAUGUUCAAGAGGAGACUUAUCUCAUGGGCAGGUUAUGGAUCCAAGGACCUAGCAUCGCUGAUGUGACACUCAACCUUUCACUGACUUCUGACGAAAUGAAGUCGCUUUCAGGGGCCCAGAAGAGCGAAGACUCCCCUGUCAAGAAAGAAGACGAUGAGAGUAAAGUCGAGGAAUCAGAGAUGCACGAUUUCCAAGAUGGAGGUUCGCCGGUCAAGGUAAUGAAUUUCGAUAAACUUCCUCAAUCUUACAAAGACACUGCUUCCAAGUUUGGCAUUCACUUUGACCACAGCGAAAUCAGUGUGAACGGCUCCUGUGUUAUUGAUCGCUUGGGUGCUAUUCCAGAAACGCAUGAUGCAACUGAUUUGACUCCAAUGCACAGAAAAUUGAUAGAAGAAGCACCAUGUCCUCUUACAGCAGGUGAUGACUGGAGAUACUACGAUGACCAAGAGAGCAUCGAAAAGUUGAUCAGCUGGCUCAAUCCUUGGGGUGUUCGUGAGUCGAGCUUGAAGAAGGAACUUGUCAGGGUCAAGGAUGCUCUUAUCACAAGCAUUACGGCCCGCAGAAAGGCUCUUUGGUUAGAUGAUGUGCCAAAGACAGAGAACCAAGAUCUCGACGCUCAAGUUGAGGCUGUUGAGAACAAGAUUGAACAAUUGAAGUCUGGUACUGUCAGCGACAAGUCUGAGGAUGAAGGAGAUGCAGUCAAUGGAUCAAGAAAGCGCCCUAACAGACUGUCAUCUGGUCGACCAGCCAAACGUCAAAAGACCACGGAGGAAACCAUCAAGACAGGUACCUUAGAAGAGCUUGGAGAGUUGCAGACCAAGUUAAUUAACGAUAAAGAAAGCAAGAGGAACGAAAACCAGGUUAACAGAGUUCUCGAAUGGGUCAACUCAAAAGCUAACGAUGCUUUUGAUAAGACACUUUAUGAUGGUGGCGAUAAGGCCAAACCAAGACCCAGAAAAGCCCGGAAGUAA